UUAGAUAUUCUGGUUACUUUUGGUUACAGGCUAAUGUAGAAUUUUAAUAUUUUUAGAUGUAAUAUAAGUGACCAUGCAAUUUCGUAGUAAUAAUUCCUGAUGGCUAGGCCACCCCCAGACCCAAUUUACAUAUUUCGUGGGCUGGGCUCUCCCGUCACUGCCGUCAAAUUUAUUACAACCGGCGAAGAUCGACAAAGGUUGCUGUCUGGCGACCAGAAAGGGGUCGUGAGCAUUUGGGACCUGACGACAAAGAGAGCAGAAUUAACAUUGAAUGGUCAUGAUGAUAAAUCUAUAUUAAAUGUAGACUAUUUGACGGAUGGUGAGGUGUUGAGUCACGGUCGUGAUGGUAAUGUCCACAUAUGGUGUCUUGGAAAACUGGAAAUCAAGAGUAGUCUAAAAGUAUCAGACAUUGGAUUUUGUAAAUGUGAAAUAAUUUAUAAUUUGCAGUGCAGCAAUUCUAUUUGUCUUGCUGUCUCAAGUGAGGAUCAAUCGCAGAUUGACAUUGUAUGUUUGAAAACUAAGAAGAUUAUCACCCAAUUGAAAGCAGAUUCUUCAAAAUCAUUUGGUAUGUGUAUGUGUCUGAAAAACAUCACGAAAGAGAGACCAGUUCUUUUGGCUGGCUAUGAAAGUGGAGAUGUCAUCUUGUGGGAUUUGGGAUCUUCAAAAAUGAUAUCAAAAUUAAAAGUACACAAUGAGCCAGUAAUGUGCAUUGAUUUUGACAAUGAUUUGAAACGAGGGAUAACUGGAUCCGCUGAGGACAAAUUAACCGUUUUUAAACUCACUGAGGAGGAAUCGUUGCAGUUGGAAAACACUGUGAAAAUAAAGAACUGUGGUGUCUCGGAUGUCAAAAUUCGUGGGGAUUGCAAAAUCUUCGCCACUGCUGGUUGGGAUUGCAAAUUGAGAGUAUUCAGUUGGAAGAGUUUAAAGCCGCUCGCGAUCCUCAACUAUCACACACAAACUGUGAAUGCUUUGACUUUCUCUAAUUGCUCGGAACAACUGCUGGCUGCUGGGUCAAAAGACGGAAGGAUAAGCCUGUGGUCACUUUACAAAGACAACUAGAAUAACUACAUUGAAAUGUAAUUGAAAAUUUGACAAUCCACAAGUCAUUAUACGUUUGUUAAAUAAAUUUAGUUGAUUUCACUAAAAUCAACCGCAAUAAAUGGUCUAGCCAUUUUUUAAGGACCUUUGCAAAGGUCGCAGUAAUCUA